AAGCAGGAGGCGUUACUGUCCCGGGAGGACUCGGCGGAGCUGAUGGAGGAGCACCGGCGCCUGAUGGCCUGGAACGAUGCGGAGAAUGCCCGGCAGCGGGCGCGCAGAGAGGAAAGAAUUAGGAAGGAAGAGGAAGAACGGAAGAGGCAGAAGUUAUACGCUGCGGAGAACAAGGCCAGGAAAAUGGAGGCUUUCCUGAAGGAGAAGGAGAAGGAGGUUCUCCAGCUUCAGGAGGAAGCCAAGAACUUCAUCACCCUCGAGAACCUGGACGCACGGAUCGAGGAGUGCCUGGACAACCCCCGCAACUACAACUUCGCCAUCGACAAGGACGGGCGGAUCGUCAAACGGACGGUGUUGUCCUAG